AUGGUUUUUUAUUCUUUCUUAGAUAAUCAACAAAGUAAUAAACAUGACACUUGGAUGAAUAGGGAGUGGACAAAAUCAUUUUUGUUAACGAACUCACUUCAAGAUGUUAAAAAACAUCCUAAAUUAUAUUUGGAUCGGAAAUAUGAACUUGUCAAUUCAACAUUAUCACAAAUAGAAUUCUCAUUGCAUAAUGAUGAAGUGGUUAGCGAUGAUGAUGACGAUGAUGAUGAUGAUGAAGAGGAGGAUGAGGUACCCAGAAGAAUGGAUCAACAAAAUAGACUGGUACAACAAAAUAUUGUAUUCAAUCCUGAGUUAGUCAAUUUCACUAUUCCCGAAAAUCAUUCAUCAAUCCCUAUCCUACCAAAUAAUAUUAACAAUGGAAGUAUACAUAAUCCUGAUCAAUUUUCCCUAUCAUCUGUAGACAGAAAAUAUCCUUUUUGGUUACCAAAUAAUCUGACCGUUUCAACUUCCUUAUCAACAUCACUAUCAUCUUCAAUGAUUACUCCUGUAAUGACUUACUGUAAACAAGAAAGUGGAAAUGAAAUUAGACAAAUUGAAAAGAGAGAAGAAACAGUACAAAAUUCAAUGGAUAAAACAAAUAUGUCUACAUCUUCAAUCCAGUCUACUAUUGAUUCAUCUUGGAAUAAAUCAAUUUCAAACUUUGGUUCAUGGAUAGAUCAACAAGUAUCAAUGUCAUCCAACCGAAGUCAUCAUAAUAUUAGUAAUAAUAACCAUAGCAAUAACCACCAACAUCAUUCUCACUGUCUUCCCAAUGAUCAGAAACACUUAGCUGAACAAGUGUCUCCAACGCAUAAAAAUAUACCAAAAUCACAAGUGAAUACUGAUCAGAAUUCAACAGAUAUACCAACAAAUUUAUUUGAUCCACUAAUAAAUGAUCAGUCUGAAGUACUACAGCAACCAUUUAUUUCUGGAAUACAUCAUCUAAAUACUAAUACUACUACUAAUAAUAAUAUGGGUAUUUAUCAUACAAACAAUCAUUAUCCUGCAACAUGUACAGACUUUAGUCCAAUAUAUAACCACAACAUUACUCAUGUUAAUGAUCGUAAUGAUGAAGCAAAACAGUCGGAUACAUUUUCAAUGUUCAAUACAAACCAUUUGCGUACAGUUGACUAUGCAUUCAGUAAUAGUAAUACAACUGAUUUUAGCCUUAUAAAUGAUGUUUUCACUAAGAAUCUAAUAGUUACAUCAGACAACAAAGUGAAUUUAAACAUUUCACCAAUCAACACAAAUAUGAUAUGCCAGCCUACAGUUUCAAGAACAUUGACCUUACCCAUAUUAAAUACAACAAACUGUAUAAGAACAAAUAUUGCCGAUUUGACAACUGCAACAGCAGCUGCUGUUGCAUUCCAUGGUUUAGAUCCAGCUACAACUGUUCAAAUGUUACAGAUUUCUUCGUUAGCUAGUAAAUUAAGAAACAAAGCUAAGAGUUUAGCAGACGGUCGAGAAUGUGUAAACUGUGGAGCUACUCAAACACCAUUAUGGCGAAGAGAUGAAGCUGGACAUUAUUUAUGCAAUGCAUGUGGCCUUUAUCAUAAAAUGAAUGGAACGAAUCGACCAUUAAUUAAACCAAAACGUCGUAUGUCAGCAAAUCGUAAAAUUGGCACAUUUUGUGCAAAUUGUCGUACAUCACAUACAACGUUAUGGAGACGUAAUCAACAAGGUGAUUCAGUGUGCAAUGCAUGCGGUCUUUAUUACAAACUUCACCAUAUAAAUCGACCAUUAUCUAUGAAGAAAGAAAUUAUUCAAACACGAAAUAGAAAAUUAACUCAAGCUAAAAAAAGAAAAGAUUUGGAACAUUUUUCUAGAUUACUGACAUCAACUUCUACUACUACUACUACUACAAUGAUUACUGAAAAGAAUUUAAAAGAAGAUUCAUCUUUAAAACUCAGACAUUGGUAUAAAAUAGGUCAAACAGAGAAAAAGCCAUUUUUUAAUGAAUUAAGUAAAGAGAAUUUACAGACAACUUCUAUUACUUCAAACAAUGAUUGGAAUAAUAAUAAUACUAAAACUUAUUUAGGUUAUCCAAUUAAAGAUUUUUAUUCUUGUUCAAAAUUCUAUCAAAAUAAACUUGAUAACAUAUGUUGUACAUAUUUAGAGGAUUCUACACAUGAACAAAUUGAAAGUGGUCAAUUGAAUGCAGCGGCUGUCGCUGCAGCAGCUAUGGCAGCAAGUUGUUGUUAUAUGAAUGUUUCAACAAAUCAUUCAGUUAGUUCAAAUUCUAUUCUAUACAAAAAUUGA